UUUGAAUUAUAUUCAUAGCGUCCAUAUCGGCUCACAUCAUUCAUUACGCCAACUUGAAUAUCCCACUUUUGACUUGUCCAUUAAUUGUACUCUGCAUUAUGGUGAUGACAUUUCAAUGCCCAUAAGGAAAUAAUAACUAAUUACUCUCUCUGUAGAUUGACUGUCCGAGAGAGGGACCUCUCAAACACUGAAACACGUUUCCACUGAAGCAUGCAAAAGUAUCGCCGGUCCAGCCGCGACUCACCCUAACACCCACCACAUACCACGCAAUACCCAUUGGGUGGAUUCACUUAUGACGUGGCCAUGUUUCAAACCAGUGUGCUCGGAUCUCACGGAUACACACAUCCGCACCUGAUCAAAAUGGGGCGCCUUAAAUUCACCAACGUUGACGUGUCGCCCGCCCACAAGCCCGUCGACAAAUGGAGUGGAAGACCGGACAAAACAGUCAACCCUCCAGCAUUAAACCCUCGCGAACCACAACGAAACCCUCCCAAGUCCCAUCUACUACCCCAUCAGUCACGCAGCGAUUCAGAGCACCACCAUCAACGAUCGUGUUCGUGGUGAUCAUCAUGAUGGCCCCGACUCAGCCACCGGUCAACGACUUUCUAUCGUGGGCCCCAUCUCCAUCUCCAUCUCUAACUCCAACCCCCGUCACCUCUAUCACCCCCACUGUAGGUUUCGUCAAACACUCAUCCCCACCGUCCAGGCUGCCGGUCCAGUUCAGCCCGCCGUUGAUCGCGAUGGUCGUGGUGGUGGCCGCCGCGUUCCUCCUCGUGACCUACUCUCGCCUCAUCUCUCGCCACGUCAUCCCGCCGAUCCUACGGCAGUGGAAACGGUGGCGCCGCCGACGUCGCGCCCGGUCCUACCUGCCGUCCUCCUCCGGCGACCUGGACUCGCUCCCCUACGACUCGCCCUUCUUCGAGCCAAGCGACGGCUUCCAUGUUUACUCCCCGUACGGCCUCGACGAGUCCGUCAUCAAGACCAUCCCUCUCUCCAUUUACACCGCCAAGUCCAACAGAGACCGUCGCGACUGCGCCGUGUGCCUCUGGGAAUUUGAAGACGGCGACUACGUACGUACGCUCCCGGUCUGUUUCCACGCGUUCCACGUGGACUGCAUCGAUGUCUGGCUCAGGUCCCAUGCCAACUGCCCCCUCUGCCGCGCCGGAAUAUUCCGUUCGGAGUCUCCGUUCAUUCCGGUGAUGGCCGCCAGAAUCAGGCCCAGCCUCGACGACACGCUCCUACGGAGCAUUGCUCUCGAGCCGCUCACGGAAGCCUCGCCGGAUACUCACAGAUCAGUCUCAGAGAUCACGCCAUGCAUCGAAGAAUUACAAUCUCCGAUGAGGAACAACAACGGCAACAGCAACAUCUCGGAGGAUAGAUUCAACGGCCGGGAUUUCUUGUUGAAGAGGUCAUACUCGUUCGGAUUCGAGCGGAGUUUAGCGUCGGAAAGGAUGGUGAUGGAGCCCGCUACGGCGUCGCCCUGGCGGUACCGAAGAGGAAGCUUCUGGAGCAAAAGGCCGUCGCCGUUUGGAUCGUUGGGGAAACCAAGGGUUUUCUCCUUCAGGUACUACAGAGGAAUGAAGUCGCCGUUCCUUCGACGGAGGGGGUUCUUUCCGUUGUCGGAGUCAAGCGCGAGGUUCGGCGGUUCAGGAGGCGGCGGCGGCUCUUCGAGAAGGAGCAAAUCGAUGACGAGCCCGAUGUUCAUGAGGUCGUCGGCUUUAGCAGCGGGAGUGGCGGCUUUCUCGUCGAGCCGGCUCAGGUGUGGGGAUCCCGAGGCGCUGUUGUCACCGGAGAGGUUUAGCAGAAGGUAAUUCAGUUAAGAGUAGAUAGAGAUGGGACACGUGGAGGGAGGAGAUGAAGCGAUCGUCGGAGAUGUUGGCGGUGACGGUGGGAAAAAAAAAAAUGCGGGUGAUGGGGUCCUGGUGGUAUUAAUGGGAGGGGGUCGCAUACGAUGGUGAUUAAUGAGACGGCCUGGCAAUAUGUAGAGGGUCAUUAAUUGGCGGUGGGGAGGGCAUUUAUUGUAAAAUUGACGAGACGUAGGAGUCUCUCACGGUGGAGAGGGGGGAGGGAAAGACUUUUGAGAGAGAGAGAGACAGAGAGGGGGGGGGAAGCUCAUAAAUGUGAGUGGAGGGGGACUUGGCCUUCUUUUCUAGGAAGAGUGACGUGGAACCGGCAUUGCUGGCUCCAUUCGGAAAUCAUCCACCGACAAAAACCAUGUGGAACUUGGAAGGGAGAUGCUGACAUGACCUCAAACAAAAAAAGUUGGCUUAAACUUUGGGCGAAUGAUUUUAGAUUAUAUUUUUUAAAAAAUUUGUAUUGGUCGGGAAAUUUGCCAUUAAUUUUCGAAUACACAAUUUCAGUAUAUAUAUAU